GCGUAACCUAUCAAACGUGAACGGAGUUAUACGGAUUCAGCAUGGCUGCUGCAUGGAGACAUUUUAAAAGAAACUGGAAAAUUUAUGGAAUAUUCUUUGGUACGUGGCUAGGGAGCAGAUGGGGAGCUAAGAGAUACAGGGAAGCAGCAAUUACACGUUCAUAUUGUUUAGAGGCAAAACAAUACAGUGAGAAGCCUGUUUCAUUGAUGGAUAAAAUUGACAGAAUAUAUCUCUUUCUAAAUCCUAAAUCCAAUAACAGUAACGCUAAGAAACUUUUCAUGAAAUAUUCUGCACCAAUUUUUAACUUAUCUGGGACAGAGAUCAUACUUAUUGAGAGUGAUUAUGAAGGUCAGAUCCAGUCAUUAAUUAAUUACAUUCAGUCGUCCGGUACAGCUGCUCUAGUGGUCGCUGGGGGCAGUGGAACAUUACUGGAGGUUGUUAAUGGGCUGCUAAGAAGAAAUGGAUUAAGUGUUCCUGUUGGUGUCCUACCUCUUGGUAAAGACAACUCAUUUUAUUACUCACAACUGAGGGAAAGGAAAGGGAAGAAUGAACUACCAGCAAGGUCAAUUGGUGAGGCGACAAUGAAUAUCAUUCGUGGUAACACAAAACCAGUCAACAUCAUCAAAUUGCAGCCAGAGAAAGGGAAGACCCUGUAUGCUGUUAGCUCAGUGAAGUGGGGAGUGGUACAUGAUGCUGAGAUUAAUAAGAACAGUUGGAGGUUGUUUGGUUUGUUAAGGACGUUUCUCUCUUACACCAGCACUGCAGUUAGGGUAUGUUACUGA